CUCACCUCAAAUCUCCUACCAUGCUGCACAAGGCUGCGCCUACGUUACAAAGUCAAGGUCGAAUAACUCUGUUUACUACUGGUCAAUUGAAGACCCACCUUAGCCAAUCAUUCCACCGCAGUUGGGACGCGAACGAUGACUCGUAUGACUAUACAAGAGGUCGCUUCUUGUCAAACGAACCUCAUGAGAUGAAGAUACGCCGCGUAAAGCUCAAUCUAAACGAGCUGGCAAAGUCUGCUGCGGAAUCAAUUGGGUUCACCUAUUCACAAUGUGUUCGUAUUGAGAAAUUCCCAGACGGAAUGUUCAACAAAGCCUUCCUGUUCACAAUGCAGGACGGUACACAAGUUGUAGGGAAAGUACCAAAUCCAAAUGCUGGACGGCCUCACUAUACCACUGCCAGUGAAGUGGCCACAAUGGAUUUUGUCAGGAACGAGCUCAGCACCCCCGUGCCCAGAGUGCUGGCAUGGAGCUCUGAAGCGAAUGAAAACCCAGUUGGCGCAGAAUAUAUUAUAAUGGAGAAGGCCGAAGGUGUCCAGCUUGAUAAAGUGUGGCCAAAAAUGGAUAUCAAAAAGAGGUUUGAACUCGUCAAAACGAUUGCAGAAUAUCAAAAGGCCUGGAUGUCGAGGUCUUUCACCCAAUAUGGGAGUCUGUAUUAUUCCUCCGGCUUACCAAAUAUCGAAGGAUGCGUUCUUGUCAAGGAAGAUGGAUCUAAUUGCAAAGAGCACCGCUUUGCGGUCGGCCCGACAACAGGGCGAGAAUUCCUGGAUGAUGGUAGGAUUGAUGUCGACUUUGAUCGAGGCCCUUGGGGUAGUGUGCACCAAUACAAGUCCGCCGUUGGCUUUCGAGAACUUGCAUGUGUACAGAAUAUGGCUCGACUACCUCGUUCAUUUUUGGGACUAUACGGUCCCGGUACAUAUACGCCCUCUCGCUUUAAAAAGAUAGCAGCUCUUCAACACUAUCUUUGCUUGUUGCCGUAUUUCCUUCCGACUGAUAAGUCGAUUUCAUCCGCAUUUUUAUGGCACCCUGAUCUCCAUACUGAGAACAUCUUUGUUCACCCCGACAGGCCAUCGGAAGUUCUAAGCAUCAUAGAUUGGCAGUCAAGUGAGAUAUUGCCACUCUUUGAUCAUGCGCGUCAGCCGUAUUUCCUUGACUACGAUGGUCCCCCGGCAACAGGUCUUGACCCACCGGAAUUCCCAAAGAAUUUCGAUGAACUUGACCCUGACGAGCAGAGGAGAGCCCAUGGCCUGUAUCUGAACAUGUCCCUUGCAACGUUAUAUAGAAAGCUCACUUCUACCAAGAACGGAACAUUAUUUAGAGCUAUGGAGUUUGGGCAGACACCGAGUUUUGAUAUGAUGCUCUUCGCACAGAACUUGCUUAUUGAUGGGGAAGCUUUGUACCGGGCCCGGAUUCUUGAUAUCGAACAAGAAUGGUCCAGUCUCCCGGGUGUACAAGCAUCUGGCACUCAGCCGUUUCCAUUGGAGUUUUCUGCCGAGGAUGUCAACUCUAUUGGGGAAGAUGCAGAUGGAGCAAUCGAAGGAAUGGAACUUAUGCAGAGUGUGAAGGAGUCUUUGGGUGAACUGUGGCCCGAGAAGGGUAUUGUACGGCCUGAACGGUAUGAUGAAGCAAAGCGGCUUCUUAAGGAGAUCAAGACAGAGUUGAUCGCUCGGCUCGCACAUUCAGAGGCAGAAAGCAAGGCAUGGGAAGAGUCGUGGCCAUUCGAUGACUGACAAUUUCCCUCCAAACUCCCUCCUUAGCAUACGCGAUCAGACGUGGUUAAUAAUGCCGUGCUGCCGAGGGUACUGCGGUGGUGUGC